AAAAAAGAAGGAAAUAACGCCUAUUUUUCAUAGCAGAGGGCCGACCCCCCCGAUCUCGCCCUUCCCCGAGCUCCCCUUUCCAACGGUCGCUCCCAAUUCCUCCGAAUCUCUUUAUAAAUUAGGGUUUCUCCGUUCCGUCCGUUCUUUCUUUCUUCGUCCAUCGGCGAUUCCUAGGAUUUUAUUUUUUUUUCCUCGAGGUAGGUCUCUGCGUCCUUGAUCUCUAUCGAAUUCUGGGGUUUCUCCGUGGAAUUUAGGGCUCCUCGUCGCCGGAGAGAUGAUCAUAAAGCGGAGCCAGAGGGCGCAAAUGCCGACGCUGAAGCGGUGCAAUGCAGAGGGCGCCGCCCCCGGCGAGGAUGACGGGGAGAGGCGGCGGAAGAGGCGGCGUGAGGACGGGUUCUUUCCGCUGGAGGUGCUCGGGAUUGUCUCAGCAGCCGGAUUCCCGGCAUUCCCCCUCGGAUUCAAACGGGCGGGCGCGGACGUGCGAGAGGAGAUGAGCGGCAUAGCCGUGGCGUCUUCUGGGUGCACCGAGGUCUCGUACGGCUCCGGUGAGGUGGAGUUGGAGUCAAGAGAUACAAGGCAGAAAGAGAGGGAUCGGCUGCACAUGCCCGAGGAGGUGGCGCCACCGCGGGCCCGACCGCCAGUCGUCCGGACGUCACGCGGGCGCGUUCAGGUGCUCCCUUCCAGGUUUAACGAUUCCGUCCUUAUUGACCCGUGGAAGAAGGAGAAACCCAAGGCGAAAGCGCUCGACCCCGAUUUUGCGAUCAAGACUGACCUGAUGGAACCUAGGAAACAAGGUUUCAUCCAUCAAGAUUCCGAACUCGGCUCAGUCUUCCCCAAUUCAAUCACAUUGUUCGACGAAGAAGAACGGUAUUGGGCGUGCAGAAAUUUAAAAUUCAAGAAAAAUUCCUCUUCUCGGAGCACUCUGACAUCUCUUAAUGAGAGUUUUGCGGGAGUUGAGAAGUGGCUGCCGCCGGCGGUUGAUGUGGAGUUUCCACUUGUUUAUGAUUCUGACCCAAUGACAGGGGAAACAAGGAUGCUGAAGGAGAGCAUAGAACAGAGGAAAGAUUUCAAUUGGCCAGAGGAGUUUGUCCCCGGUGAUAUCGUUUGGGCUAAGUUAGGGAAGAAGUAUCCUGCUUGGCCAGCGAUCGUGGUUAAUCCAAUGCAGCAAGCUCCGGAGGCAGUUCUGCAAUCCUCCAUUCCUGGGGCCGUUUGUGUGAUGUUCUUUGGUUACUAUGGAAAUGGAAACGAUAGGGAGUAUGCAUGGGUGAAGGAGGGGAUGAUCUUUCCUUUUUUAGACUACGUAGACAGGUUUCAGGGGCAGACAGAGUUGCAUAAGUGCAAGCCAAGCGAUUUUUGGUUGGCUAUAGAGGAGGCCUUCAUAGCUGAGCAUGGUUUCUUAGGAGUGCAAGCGGGUGGCAAUGAUAUGGCUGGGCAGCCUGCAUAUCAUCAGUCCUUUCCUAAAGGGAUCCAAGAGGCCACUGAUUCGAACCAUGAUCAGGAGUGCCAAUCAGAGAUCCAGGCCGUAAACAAAUUAGGAAUGCAUUGUGAGAGUUGUGGACUGAUCCUUCCAAUCAAAAGCACAAAGCAAAUGAAGCAAAAAUCCAAAGGAUUCGUGUGUAGAUAUUGUGCUAAGCAUUUGAGUUCAAAACAAUGUUGUGGAAUAUGCAAGAAGAUUUGGCAUCACAAAGAUGGUGGGAAAUUGGAUAUGGAAGACUCUCAAUAUCUUUGCCCUGUCUGCAAGGCAAAGUUAAAUUUUGAAUCAUCAGAUACAGAGAAGAAGCACUCGGAAUCUAGUUGGCCAGACGCAAGAUCCAACAAGAUUACUGUUUGUUGUUUCGGGAUGGAAGGGGCUUACCUACCAGAGCAACACAUAAUCUCAUGUCAAUGUGGCUCUUGCAAGGGGCAGAAAAAGUUCAUGCUUACUGAAUGGGAGCGACAUACUGGUUCUAAAACUAAAAACUGGAGAUCUAGUGUUAAAGUCAAGAGUAUAAUGUCACCACUGGGAAAAUGGGUAGAACGUUAUCAGGCUACUAUUGUUUCUGCAAACCAUGCUAAACGCCCAUCUCCAAAAGUAAGGAAACAAAAGAUACUUGCUUCCUUGCAAGAAGCAUAUGACCCAGUUUAUGUCAGAUGGACAACAGAACGAUGUGCAAUCUGCAGGUGGGUUGAGGACUGGGAUUACAAUAAAAUCAUUAUCUGUAACAGAUGUCAAAUAGCAGUUCACCAGGAAUGCUAUGGAGUGAGAGGCAAACAAGAUUUCACAUCUUGGGUUUGCCGAGCUUGUGAAACCCCAGAGCAAAAGAGGGAAUGCUGCCUUUGUCCUGUAAAAGGUGGUGCUUUAAAGCCGACGGAUGUUGAUGCAUUUUGGGUCCAUGUCACGUGUGCCUGGUUUCAGCCUCAGGUUUCUUUUGCAAGUGAUGAAAUAAUGGAGCCUGCUGUUGGCAUAUUGAACAUUCCAUCUGAAUCUUUUGUGAAGGUUUGUGUCAUAUGUAUGCAAAUGCAUGGCUCUUGCACUCAAUGCUUUAAAUGUUCCACUUAUUAUCAUGCCAUGUGUGCAUCAAGAGCAGGAUACCGCAUGGAGUUGCACUGCUUAGAGAGAAAUGGGAAACAGAUAACAAAAAUGAUCUCAUAUUGCGCACAUCACCGGGCUCCAAAUCCAGAUACCGUUUUAAUCAUACGCACCCCAGUGGGGGUGUUCUCUUCCAAAAAGUUGCUCCAGACCAACGAAAAGCAGAGUGGUUCAAGGCUGAUUAGGAAAGACAUCCCUAAAAUUCCAAACUUACCUUCUCAAUAUUCUGAAAUCUCAUCUGCUGCAAGGUGUCUGAUCUAUAAAAGAAUAGAAACUAAGAGAAAACAAGAAGAGACCAUUGCCCACCAAGUGAUGGGGCCUAUUCAUCAUCCUCUCGGUGAAAUUAGAUGCCUUAAUACACCUAGGGAUGAGAAGGAUCCUGAAUCAUUUUCUACUUUCAGGGAGCGUCUUAAAUAUUUGCAAAUGACCGAGAAUAGCAGAGUUUGUUUUGGGAGAUCUGGAAUACAUGGAUGGGGCCUUUUUGCACGUAGGAACAUUCAAGAAGGAGAAAUGGUCAUUGAAUACCGUGGGGAGCAGGUCAGACGCAGUGUUGCCGAUUUGAGGGAAGCACGCUAUCGAUUAGAAGGAAAAGAUUGCUAUCUUUUUAAAAUCAGUGAAGAAGUAGUGGUUGACGCUACAGAUAAAGGGAAUAUAGCACGCUUAAUUAAUCAUUCUUGCAUGCCCAAUUGCUAUGCAAGAAUUAUGAGCGUGGGUGAUGAUGAAAGCAGGAUUGUUUUAAUAGCUAAGACAAAUGUUUCUGCUGGAGAUGAAUUAACGUAUGACUACUUGUUUGAUCCUGAUGAAGGUGAUGAAUAUAAAGUUCCCUGUCUCUGCAAAGCUCCAAACUGUCGGAAAUUUAUGAAUUAGGUAUCCGUACAUGCGCAUUUAUUCCUUAAUGCGAAGCUGUUAAGGUUCUGAUCUGUCAAAGUAAUUUUGCAUUCAAUUUUACAUUUUUUUAUAUAAGUUUACGGUAUUUAAAAGCUGAGGGUAAUAAGGGUCACAUCCUCUGUAACUUGCAUAUAUUGGUUCAUUUAGUGGUUUCAUCAAUGUCGCUUUUUCCUUUUUUCUUUUCGUUUUUUUUUUUUUUUUUGUCAUCAUAACUGGUCUUGUAGCAAUCCAAAGGUCAGUAUAUGAACUUGCCUCAUCGAAGAUGGAGAGUA